AUGUUGGCCUUCUAUGGAGGGGCGUGCGGGGCGCCGGCGGCGGCGUUUGCGGCCCUGCUGCUGCAGCGCCGUCACGUGGAGUACUGGGGCUCGUCGGUGACGGGGCGCACGCAGCCGUAUGCGCAGGGUGACAUGCUCCCCCGCGUGGAUAACACGCGCGCCGCCGUCAAUAAGUCCUCCGGCGCGGCCGCCAGCCUUACGGGAAAUCACUUAGGCAUCGCGUACGACAGCAGCAACAUUUUUUCCGUCGAAGAGUACAGCCGGCUGGAGAAGGAACACUACCAGCCCCUGCGGGGUAUCGCACGCUACAAGCUGGAGCCCAUCAGCGCGAGCGAUGGCCCGACCACGCGGCGACUGCUGCAGCAGCUGUACGAGGACCAAGUCGUCGGUAUGGAGCUCGCUUGGUGGGGUGCCGUGCUCAAAGACUUUCCCUCUCUAAAGAGGCCGUGCACUAGUGAGUUUAAGGCCGAGUUUACGAACUUCUACAAGCAGGCCUUGGAGGUGGCCCACGACGAGGCCGCUGUGACGGCUCUUGCGGUGCCUUUUGUGCGGCACCAGAUGCAGGAUAAUUUCAUCAGUUUCCCGAUGUUUUGGCGCAUUGCGGAGAAGCUGGCAGACGCUCUGGAAGUGGCAGCUGCAGGACGGCGUCACGAGAAGCGCGUUUCCCGAAUAGCAGUGGAGCGUGUUACAAAAAUAGCAUUGAACACAAUCGCGGAUGAGCCCUGGGCGCACCAGGACACGACAAGUCCCUUGCUUUUUGAUGUGUCGAACUUCCGUGCGUGGCACGAGGCGGGCAACUGGUAG